AUGGAUAGCGAUGAGUAUAAAAAAGAAGUUGAAGCAAAUGUAAAGGCAGAAAAACUUUUACAGUUGCAAAACCAAACCGUACAGUAUGAAAACUUAGCACAAGAAAGUAAAAAUAACGACGCGGCUAUGCAAAAGGCAAUGAAAAGCGCAGAAUAUAUAAAAGCUAAUAAUGACUGGUUAGAUGCCCAAGCCAACGCUAAAGCAGCCCAGCUUAUAGGGUCAAUAAGGACAAAAAUACAAGCGGAUGAAGACAGUUCAAAUGAAGCUUUAAUGAAUGCUGACUUUAAGAACGCCUUCGAAGCUCUUCAUAGUAAGGUGAAACAAGUGAACGACUUCUCAUCUGGAAAGAAACUGAAGUCUGAAGGUUUCGACAAAGAGUUAAGAGAAGUAGCACAAAAUAUGACGAAAAUAACAGAUGCAGCAACGAGACAGGCAGUUCAAAGUGCCUAUGACGCCGUUAGAGCAACUGUUGUGGAAAGUCAAGAAAAAGAGUUACAACAGACCAAAACAGACCUAGUAAAUGCUUUCUUAAGAACGAAAAGUCAGGUAGGACAUUACGCUGCAGAUGGAACAUAUGUGCCAGCUGGUGGAACUUAUAUACCACCAAACCCUCCAAGAGAAGCACCUGCACCAGGACUACCUAAAACAUUUACAUCGUCACAUGGACACAGACACAGGCAUGCACCAAAACCAACAGUUCAAAAUCCAGCACAACAACCAACACAACCAGCACAACAACCAACACAACAACCAGCACAGCAACCAACAGUUCAAAACCCUGCACAACAACAACCACAAACAGAGCAAGGACAUAAAAGAAGUAGAGAACAAGGAAACCAAGAAUUCUUAAAAAUGCUUAAAGAAGAGUGUGGUUUCCCAGAUAGUAUUGACUUUAGUGACAGAUAUAAAGAAGCUAUUAGAAAGUUCAAGGAUGGAAAUACUGACCCGGACCUAUUUAGCUUUAUGGCUCAGCACCAAAACGGAUAUAAUCUCAAACCUGGAAAAUACAAGCUCGCUAAGGGAUAUGAUUUAAUAGCAUAUCAUCCAAAUGACAUGGAUGAAUUUACUCCGAGAUAUUUGAUGUCAGAGCUAAAUGACAAUUCAACUUUCGUCAUGAAACGCGUAAAAAAUAGAGACGGAACGAAAGAACAAAAGCUUAUGAAUGCGGAUGACG